AUUGAGCAGCAACGAAUUCAAGAGAGGCUUGGUGAUGUGACAGCGCAAGCAAAUGCGAUUCAAGCAAAAAUUCGGGAAACUGAGCAGGGUAGUUCGGAGGAACAAACGCUGCUAGAAACUUAUAUGAAUCUCACGAACGAGAAGAAUUCGUUGGUUGGGCGUCAAGAGUACUACAACAUCAUAGAAAAUAUAAGAGAAGCCAGUCGUCAUAUUGCCGAUCUCAAUCAAGAGCUCGAUAGCAUGACGAAGAAUGCCCGUGAUGACUACUUCAAAACGGCUGAAGAGAAGGACCGCACUGACGAGCUUAUGGAAUCGUAUAUGGAGGCAAUACAAAAGAAAGACGAUCUUAUACAAAAGCUAUUUGCAACAGAGGAGCAGUUGCAAGAGGAUGAGAAUCGGCUCAAAUCUUUAACACUCGAAAGAGCGAGCAAUUUUGUACGUGGAAACGACGAGCCUCUCACAGCUAGUCGAAGAAUCUUAACUUGGUUGAGAGGAUAA